AUGGUCAGAGUCAACGUUCUUGCUGAUGCACUUAAAUCAAUUACUAACGCUGAAAGAGCCGGUAAGAGACAGGUCCUUAUCAGACCAUCAUCCAAGGUGAUUUGCGAAUUUUUGAACAUCAUGAUGAAACACCAAUACAUCACCGACUACACUAUUGUCGACGAUCACAGAUCUGGAAAAAUCGUCGUCAACUUGAACGGAAGACUCAACAAGUGCGCCGUCAUCUCCCCAAGAUACAACGUUGCCGUCGAAGAGUUCGACAGCUGGGAAGCCAACUUGUUGCCAUCUCGUCACUUCGGAGCUAUCGUCUACACCACCUCUAUGGGUAUUAUGGACAACACUGAAGCCAGAGCCAAACACACUGGUGGAAAGAUCCUUGGGUUCUUCUAUUAA